AUGUCUUCCACAAGGGCCAUCGGAUUACGCGUGCUCACCCUGUUCGAUGUCGACUCCCGCAAGGACUGGUUCAACUUCCUUCUCUACCGUUCGAUGACUUGGAACGACAUGGUGGUGUCAAUGCAAGCAGCACUCAAGCGCGACGGUCAAGAGCUUUGGGUGCAUGAUAGGAAUGGCGAACCCUUGACCGAUACCGACCCUGUCUUCAACAUGGCCAGCAUCGCGGGCCGCGAGGUGUUGCUCGUCACAAUUCGGGAGAACACACGUGUUACUACGGGCAAGGAUUUGGAGGUCGUGUUGUAUCUAGAAGAGGAGGACCCUAAUGCGCUUCAGACAACCCUCCAGAAACUCGAUUUCGAGGACAAGCGUGUUCACAUGGAGAAGCUUCGUCGCCGCGACGGUAUUGAAAUGAGGAACAUCUGCCGCAUUGUUCUUCCUCACUCCGAAGUCAAGAAACUCAUCUCGAAGAUGAACGGCGUUUCUCAGCACAAGUUCAAGGACGCAUAUUUCGUAGCCAAUUCCAUCAUAGCUAUCCGCAACAACUGGCGCGUCCGCACCACGGACCAGACCAAGCACCUCCUCAAGGAUCCGAGGUGCGUCGCCAUGAUCAGUAUCCUCAGCAAAGGCCUUCCCGGUCAACACCUCUUGGGCGAAGACUUCCUCGUCGCCGCCAAGAAUGCGCGUGUGGCCGCGGGUGGGCCGUCCGAACCCCAGCAUCUCAUAGAGCAGGACAUCUUGGAUGCCAUCCACAACCUGUACAAGGCCGCGGACGCGAUUGAUUCGACUUGGAACGACAGCAAGGCCACAAAAGCUAUCAACAAGCGCGCUGAUCGGAUGGAAGCUUAUGGCUCGCGCAAGACGGGUGAAGCGGCGACUGCAUUUGCCAACGCCGAGGCCGAAGACAUGGGUGAAGAGGCUGCUGAGGCGGCUUACAUUGGCAAGGGAAAGGGAAAGGCGGUCGACAAGCUCGCUGGCCGUCUUGAGAAGACAAAGUUGCCGGACAACGUCAUGGACGACGAGGACGAGGUUGCCGAUGACGACGACGAUCCAGACUACGUAGAUUAG